UGCAACCAUGGCUCCUGGCCAGCUCGGUGAGGACCUAGCGGAGCGGCGCGGUUCGUGGCCCCCCAAGCUCCCGCCAUCGGCGGCGGCGGCGGGACCCGGCACGCAGGGGCGGCGCUGCGGCCCGAAAGCCAGCGUCCCCGCUCCCCAGCCGGGCCCCAGCCUGCGUGUGGCCCGCUUUAGAGCAGGUCGCGGGUCCUUAUUUAGUGUCUCUGACAAAACCGGGCUUGUGGAAUUUGCAAGAAACCUGACCUCUCUUGGUUUGAAUCUGGUCGCUUCCGGAGGGACUGCAAAAGCUCUCAGGGAUGCUGGUCUGGCAGUCAGAGAUGUCUCCGAGUUGACGGGAUUUCCCGAAAUGUUGGGGGGACGUGUGAAAACUUUGCAUCCUGCAGUCCAUGCUGGAAUCCUGGCUCGUAAUAUCCCAGAAGAUAAUGCUGACAUGACCAGACUUGAUUUCAAUCUUAUAAGAGUUGUUGCCUGCAAUCUCUAUCCCUUUGUGAAGACAGUGGCUUCUCCAGGUGUAACUGUUGAGGAGGCUGUGGAGCAAAUUGACAUUGGUAACCACCACAUAGCACUGAAUGGUGAGGAGAUCUUGUUUGCCGUGGACCUAGAAAACCAUCUUGUCCCCGCUUUGGAAAGUGCUGCUAGCGUCUCACAAAACUUAUGCUUUUUGUAGGCAUUCACUCAUACGGCACAAUAUGAUGAAGCAAUUUCAGAUUAUUUCAGGAGACAGUACAGCAAAGGCAUAUCUCAGAUGCCCUUGCGCUAUGGAAUGAACCCUCAUCAGACCCCUGCCCAGCUGUACACACUGAAGCCCAAGCUUCCCAUCACAGUUCUAAAUGGAGCCCCUGGAUUUAUAAACUUGUGCGAUGCUUUGAACGCCUGGCAACUGGUGAAGGAACUCAAGGAGGCGUUAGGUAUUCCAGCCGCUGCCUCUUUCAAACAUGUCAGUCCAGCAGGUGCUGCUGUUGGAAUUCCACUCAGUGAAGAUGAGGCCAAAGUCUGCAUGGUCUAUGAUCUCUAUAAAACCCUCACACCCAUUUCAACAGCAUAUGCAAGAGCAAGAGGGGCUGAUAGGAUGUCCUCAUUUGGUGAUUUUGUUGCACUGUCCGAUGUUUGUGAUGUACCAACUGCAAAAAUUAUUUCCAGAGAAGUAUCUGAUGGUAUAAUUGCCCCAGGAUAUGAAGAAGAAGCUUUGACAAUACUUUCCAAAAAGAAAAAUGGAAAUUACUGUGUCCUUCAGAUGGACCAGUCUUACAAACCAGAUGAAAAUGAAGUUCGAACUCUCUUCGGUCUUCAUUUAAGCCAGAAGAGAAAUAAUGGUGUCGUCGACAAGUCAUUAUUUAGCAAUGUUGUUACCAAGAAUAAAGAUUUGCCAGAGUCAGCCGUCCGAGACCUCAUCGUAGCCACCAUUGCUGUCAAGUACACUCAGUCUAACUCCGUGUGCUACGCCAAGAAUGGGCAGGUUAUCGGCAUUGGAGCAGGACAGCAGUCUCGUAUACACUGCACUCGACUUGCAGGAGAUAAGGCAAACUAUUGGUGGCUUAGACACCAUCCACAAGUGCUUUUGAUGAAGUUUAAAACAGGAGUGAAGAGAGCAGAAAUCUCCAAUGCCAUCGAUCAAUAUGUGACUGGAACCAUUGGCGAGGUGAAAGACUUGUCAUUGGGUUCUGGGCUGUAUUAAUAUUCAGUUCACCCCUUUAUGUGUAACAGAUUUUAGCAUCAUCACUACACAGAGAAAAAGAUACUUUCCUUGAAAUUCUAUGUUGUCUAAAAUUGAGCAUUGAAACUUCUUACACAUUUCUCAUUUUCUUCUGUCUUAUGUAACUUUCUUCAUUGUUUUUGACCCCUUUCUGAAGCCACAGACCUCUGUCUUUUUAAGUUGCAGCCUUGGUGUAGGUUUGUAUAUUGUACUUCCCCUGUUGUUUAUAAGCUUUUGAUGACAAGGACUGCUUUUCACCUAUGUCGAGGUGUCUGCCAUCGUGUCAGGCAUGGUACUUGCUGUCUGACGGGUCUAUAUUCAACAUUAAAUACAAAUUGCUUGACGGCAGGUAACUGUAGAGUCUUCUCCCACCACAUUUUCUACAUGUGCCAUUAAUAACGUGAUAUAUUUUGUUACAUUUCAUGUUCUUCUGUUUGAAGAAGGUAUGUGGGAACAUGACAAUCACAAACGUUAGGUAGGUAGCCUGCCAGAAGAAAAGAUCUAGCCCAGUUUCUGGACAUAUUGCGUGCCUAACAAAAUGCUAGAUGGAAAACAGAAGCCUGCUAAUCAAAUAGUAGAUGGUCUUCUGAAGAGCCAAUUGACUACCCUCAGUUUUUUAUUCAGGAGCAGGAAUCAACAUAAGUGUCACUGAAGAAUGAGGCUGCAGAAUAUAACUGAAGUACUUAAAAUAUCUUUUUUUUUUUUUUUUAACUUUGAUACUUGGAUUUUUCUGUUUGAUAUUAUCAGUCAACCCCUGCUACUAGUCCUGGAAGAGUCCUGGAAGUGAACAAGAGUAAAAGUACAUCAAAGCUAAAACAUCACCCAAGAUAGAAGCACCUUGUAAAAUAUGAUUAACUGUCUUAGUCUGUUUGUGCUGCUAUGACACAAUACUGCAGGCUGGGUAACUUAUAAACCAUAGAUAUUUAUUUUUCAUAGUUCUGGAGGCUGUGAAGUCCCAGAUCAAGGUACUGGUGGGCUGAGAGUCUGGGGAGGCCUACCCUCUGCUUCCAAGAUGGCACAGCCCUCUCUGGAGAGGACAGACACCGUGUCCUUACUUCACAGAAGGGGCAAACUUCCUCUGAAGCCCUUUUAUAAGUCCAUAAUCCAUUCAUGAGGGCCCCACUCUCAUCGCCUAAUAACCUUCUAAAGGCCUUACUUUUUAAUACUGUUGCAUUGAGGAUUAAGUUUCAACAUGAAGUUUGGAGGAGAUACACACACUCAAACCAUAGCAAAUAUGAAUUGUGUUUUGUCUACAACUGAUUUUAGAUUUAAAAUAAUUUUUGUAUAAGCGUAGUUAUAGAACAUUCAUCCUCAUCUCUUUCCUAGAUUGGAUAUGGAGGGGUUUUAUUUGAAAACUGAAAGCCCUUGGAAUACAAUUUUUUAUUUGCCUUCUUUGCUACAGUACUAUCAAAGCAGUAGAUCUAAAUUAGGCAGUAGUCUAAUUAAUAGACAUAAAGUAGUAGAUACGAAGUAAAUUUAAAUUAGAGAUUUUUAGAACAGUGUAUUUUUAUGUAAGUAGCUUAGCCAAAAAUAGAAAAAUUAUAUAUAUACUUGGGAUAAACUGAUUUAGAAAGUAAAA